AUGUCUCACACUGCAGCUCAGGGCAGCAUUGGCAGCCACUCCUCUGGCAUGGGCCUCCGCACCCAUAGAAUGUGUGUCUUCGAGUACGAGAACUUCCAGGGUCGCAGGAUGGAGCUGAACGGAGAGUGCCGUAACCUGUGUGAACGUGGCUUUGACCGUAUCGGGUCCAUUAGGGUCGAGUGUGGACCGUGGGUGGGGUACGAGCACCAGAACAUGUCAGGUGAGAUGUUCAUGCUGGAGAAGGGGGAGUAUCCCCGCUGGGACACCUGGUCUAACAGCUACAGAUGUGAUCGCCUUAUGUCCGUUAGGCCCGUUCGCAUGGACCCCCAAGACCAUAAGAUCUGCCUAUAUGAAUGCAUGAACUUCGAGGGCCGCAAGAUGGAGGUGUGUGACGAGGACAUUCCCAGCCUCUGGUCCUAUGGCUUCCAGGAUCGAGUGGGCAGCAUCCAGGUCACCGGGGGAACGUGGGUAGGGUACCAAUACCCUGGUUACCGUGGCUACCAGUACCUGUUCGAGUUUGGUCCUUACAAGCACUGGAACGAGUGGGGCGCGCACCACCCCCAGAUCCAGUCCAUACGGCGCGUGAGGGACAUGCAGACGCACCGCCGCGGCUGCUUCGAGAUGAUCGCGUAG